GUCCGGACUAGGCAGGUCGGUCGAGGUUCGCCCUAUUAGAUAUUGGAAUAUUGGAAAUGCGCCGACCAGCCGUCCCGCACGCGGCUGUCGCUAGCGAUUUGUUCGCUAUCCGGGUUAACGUUAAGUCUAUACGCUGCAUCUGCUGCAUCUGCUGCAACCCUGCGAGGAGCGGGGCUGCGCGCUGUUUGGAGGAUACUUCAAAUACUUCAAAUACUCCUCCAAUGUGACUCUUCCCACGAGUUUUUCUUCUCUUCUUCGAAGCUCGUCGGAUUGCUACUCUCCUAUGUCCCUAGUUUGGUGCGCUUGAAGUCCCAACUAUCAAUCUAUUAGGGAUUAGGGAAUAUAUGUUGUAAGGACAGUGAGUGGAUGAUAGCACGGGUUCGCUAUGCAGUUAAAGACGCUUUUGCUCUCGUCGGCAGCUCUGCCGCUCGCAAGGGGCGAGACCGUCCUCGGCGUUUACAUCUUCCAUCGCCACGGGGAUCGGACUCCUAAAAGUCUCGCGCCGACGAACUUGACUGCGUUGGGCGCCGACCAGGUCUUCCAGUCUGGCAGCUACUACCGCAGCAAAUACGUCGCGUCCGACGCCAGCUCGCCUAUCGUCGGCUUGAGCAACGACAUCGCUGUGCCCACGCAGCUAAGCGUCAUCUCUCCCGCGGACUCCGUGCUUCAGAGCUCCGCCUUGGCUUUCCUCCAGGGCAUCUACCCACCCGCCGGCGACAACGGCGUGUCCAUACUGGCCAACAAGUCCGAGGUCCAGGCUCCGCUCGGCGGGUACCAGUACAUCCCUGUCGGCGUAUCGUCGACCGCCUCCUCGAACGCCAACUCGGAGAACAACGAGUGGCUGCAGGGCGGUUCCGGCUGCGCCAACGCCGUGGUGAGCUCCAACAACUACUUGCAGUCCAACGAGUUCGUCAGCACGCUAGACCGCACCCGGUCCUUCUACAGCGGUCUUCUACCCGUUAUCAACGGCACCUUCAGCGCCAGCCAGGCCAACUUCAAAAACGCGUAUACCAUCUUCGACCUGAUUAACGUGGCUACCAUCCACAACCAGACCAUCCCGUCUGACAACCUGCUUACGAACGACACUCUGUUCGAGCUUAGGACUCUCGCCGACGCUCACGAGUGGAACCUGGCGUACAACAGCAGCGACCCGAUCCGUGCUGUUGCCGGCGCCACGCUUGCCGCGCAGAUCCUGCAGCAGCUCAACUCCACGCUGACCAGCCACGGCCAGACCCCCGUCGGCAUCCAAUUCGGCGCCUACGCAUCCUUCAUGUCCUUCUUCGGGCUCGCACAGCUCGACAAGCUAUCCGCCGACUUCACCGGCGUAGUAGACUACGCGUCGUCCAUCGUCUUCGAGCUCGUCACCAACGCCAGCGCGACCACCACCACUUCGUACCCCAGCGUCGACGACGUCUCCGUCCGCUUCCUAGUGGCGAACGGGUCCGCGGCCCAGCACACGCCCCGCGAGUUCCCGCUAUUUGGGCGGGGACAGUCCCCGCUCCCGUGGAACGAUUUCGCAGCCGAGAUCAACAAGUUUGCCAUUGGGGAUACGGCCGCGUGGUGCCAAGCCUGUGGAAAUACGACGGGUAUCUGUGCGAGCGCAGCGGCGUCUUCGUCAGGUGAUUCUGGUAGCGAUAGCGGCGAUGGCGCGGCAGCUACUACGUCCAGUAACGGCAUUUCGCUCCCCGUUGCCGGCGUCAUCGGCGCUUUGGUUACGCUUGUCGUAAUUCUCAGCGUCGAAGGCCUCGUGUAUGCCCUCGCGGGCCUGAAGCUAGUCAAGAAAUCGACUCUGGCUGCUGGCGCUGGUGCUGGGACCGCUGGGGCUGUGGGCGGUGCUGCUGCGGCGGGGGAUUCCAAGGCUUAGGGGCUACGAUGAUAUUGAGUAUGUGAGAUAUUGAUGUUGGGGGGAAGAGGAUUAGUUUAUAUGAUACCAAAUAUUAUUUGAUGAGCGACGAUGUAUGGUGACUUUUCGAAGUUGGAUUUGCAAUUGAAUGAGUAUGAAGAGCAAAUAUGGUAUUAUUUAUAUGAUAUAUGAUUAUAAACUGAAAACAAUUCCAACGUCGAACUAACAGGAUUCUACGACGAC